GAAGAAUGCGUGGAGCGUGAGUGCGAAUGCAAUGAAUGAAGAAUGAAGAUUGAAGAAUGAAUGUAAAUGAGUGCAAUUUAGAAAGGGAAAGGAAAUUUAAAUUUUGUAUUUAAAUACCUCGAGUGUGCUGUACUAAUUUUUUUACUUUGUAAACAAUUUAAGUUAUUGUGUUUCACAUUUUUCGAACGAACCAUUGUAACGAAUCUAUUUGCAACGACAAGAUUGUGAAGUGACUUGAAUGUGGAAAGCUAUGACCAGCUCUACCUAAAAUAGUCAAUUAUAAAUUUAACUUAAAAAAAUCAAGAUGAGUUCUUUACAGAAACCCCGUGGAUAUUUGUCUUAUUCACCUAGCACUCAACGAACCCAAGGCCAUUUUUCAGGCAGCCUGAGUGGCAGCGAGACAGACAUUUCGACUUCCAACGAGAACCUGAGUCACGAGGAGAGAUAUGUGAUUCAGCACACAACGAGACAGGAACCUCAGGGACAGGAGAACCGUAGUAGUCAGGAUUACAACACUCUGAUCAUACACGGACAGGGCGAGGAUAAGUUGUGGAACAGUAACAGGCUGUCGAGCGAUCCUUCGCAUUUGCCUUACAAGGCAGUUGUAACAUCCAGCAAAGAGUCCCUGAGGCAUCCGUACUGUCCUAGUGUUCGAGAGAUCACGGAUAUACCAGACGACUACUUGAAUCAGUCCCAGGUUCUGAAGCAUUUGGCCAAGGAGGUGAAGGUGGGGCCGGUAGAGGGAGAGAGUGAUGAGGGGGUACGCCCCCCACCACAGUACCCCUGGUCUCGGGGGCUACAGGUCAAGCGUCUUCCGAUCUCCAAGUCUCAACCCGACCUGUCACACCUAGGAUCUCAUGGGGAGAGCAAUGAUACCACCACCUUCAGACACACUCUGGGCAAUACUAGGAAAGAAAAUAAAUAUGUUCAAAAUAUGUUAGAAAUACUACUACAUGAAAACAAUAGCUUGAAAAUAGAACUGGAGUCAUGUUACCAAAAGGUUGCCAAAUCACAAAAGUUAGAACACGAGGUGGGCAAGGUCCACCGAGCUCACGAAGAUUUGGUGGCGUCAUGUGAGCGGAGAGAGCGGCUGGAGCGAGCUGCCCGGCAGCGACUGCAAGGCGAACUGCAGCGCAUGCAAGAGGCUAGCGAGCAACAGCGGCAGCAGAUGGAGAUGCUCACUGCGCAGUUGCUUACUGCUCGAGCAUCCUCACCUGACCACUCACGCAAAGAGAUGAGCAAACGGGAGGCACUCAUAGCACAGUUAGUCACUCAGAACAAAGAACUAGCUGCAGUGAAAGAGAGACAAGAGAUAGAGUUGGCAGCCCAGAGAGCAACUUUGCAAGAACAGAGAACUCACAUAGACAUACUAGACACAGCUCUAACAAACGCACAAUCUAAUGUUGUCAGAUUGGAGGAGGAGUGUCGUAAAAAGCAAGUUCAUGUAGAGAGAGUGGCACAACUACAAAGAGCUUUGCAAGCCCUACAGCUGGCAAGUGAUAGACGAGAACAAACUGAACGAAAACUUCGACUUCAGCUUGAGAACGAAUUAAGGAAUGAAAGAGCGAGGAACAAUUCUAGUCAAGACACCUUAAAUCAAGGAGAGCCUGUAGAAAGUGUUCCUGAGCUGAAGAGACGUCUGAGAGAGAAGGACGAAAAGAUCAUGAGACUGGAAGGUGAAGUGGCGAAAUGGGAACAGCGCUACCUGGAGGAGAGUGAACUACGUCAGGCAGCCAUUGAUGCGGCUAGCAUACCCAAGGAUGCUAAGAUAGCUGCUUUGGAGAAGACAAGCCAAGAAUCAGAGAAGUUGAUAGCAGAGGCACGAUCUGACAAGCUGAGACAGAUGGACGAGGUCCAUGCAGCACAGAAAAAAGUGACGGAUCUUGAGGCCAAGAUGAAGGAGCUGGAGUCCAAAUUGGCUGAGAAGGAUGCCAUGAUCCGAGUGCUGCAGAAGAAGCAUACAUAUGACAAAGAGGUUUCUAGUUCCUACCCCAGUAUCUCAUUGAGCCAUCACACACCCCAGACUAGUCUCAAUCCACUCAACUCUCAGGAUCUAGGUCAAGUGUCAACAACGAGUGUGUUCUCGACGGCCAGCAGCGGAUACUCGUACUCGGGCAGUGUGGACAGUUCCUAUCACAAAUACUCACCUCACAAGUCACUAGAUGAUCAACUCAAAGAGCUUGACUCUCAACUGCUCAGCAAGAGAGGUCUUUGCUGUUUUCCAGGAUUCUCUCAUCCAGGCACUUCGUCGAGAAAAGGAAAAAUACCCCAGCCACUAUUGGCGAGUGUAGGAGGCUUUGAGGCCGGUGGGUUCCUACAGGGGCUGGUCAGCAGUUCGGGACAGGCCGGCAACGAGAUGGUGUUGUUGGAGAAGCAAGGGCUGUGUUCCCAGCAGCAGCGUGGGCAGGGAGAGAGGUGUGGCAGUCUGCCUCCUAGCUCUCUACCACGACCUAAGCGUCACCACAAGGCAGCUAACACUAAGGAGCGACGGCUUGGCGAGUAUGGCAGACUGAGUGACGGAGAGGGCUCCAGCAGCCGCAAAGCAUCAGCCAACUCUAGUACGGACGCUGCAGACAAGACCAGGAGUUCUCCAUCACGACCUGUGAUACCGCUACCUACCCGCAAGUUGGGCGAGUAUGGGCGGCUGAGUGACGGUGACCGCAAGACCUCUGCAAGCAACUCCAAUGAAGACGUUACAACCGACAAGCCUAGAGAAUCUCCGAUGAGGAAUAUCCCCCUACCUCCGAGGAAACUCGGAGAAUACGGACGUCUGAGCUCUGACUCCGGUAGAAAAACCCCAACAGACCUCGCAUCCAGUGGAACUCCGGAUAAUUUGAGCCUCAAUCCCAGAAGCUCCCCGGUGAGGAAAUUCUCUGAAUACAGUAGGUACGAGGUUACUAGCAAACCAGCUGAAAAUAAGUCUAUCUUGGAGUUUAACGGAAGGAAACUGUCAUCGGAGAAGACUAGGGAAUCUCCGUCAAGAAGUUUGAUACCUACACCACGAAAGCUGUCGGAUUUUGGAUGUUUUGAGUCUCCUCCUCCUUCCCCACAGAGUAAGGAGUCCAAGUUACGUCUGAUUGGUCCUGGAACUCUACGGACAAGAAGGGGCUCGCUCAGCCAGCCCCCCUCUCCUAAAGCUCCCUCCGAACCUGGUGUUAGAUCUCUCCCAACCCCCAACAAAUACAGGAUCCAGUUCUAAACUGAUAUUAUGUACCUACCUUAGUUAUUUUCCAUUAGAUGUUUGAAAACAUAGUGCUCUUCUUUGAUGCCUUACUUUGAUACCAGAUUAUAGCACAAAUGUGAAUUGCUACAAUCAAAACCAAGAUUGUUGCUUUUUAGUGGCCUUCUACAAUAACCUAAGAUUAAAUACAGCCCUUAAUUUUUUUUUAAUACCUACCCCUUUGUAAACAAAGAUAUUAAAGAUCUUACCAAGCCUUACUGUAUGACUUGAUAACAGUAAAUAUAUUGUUUAAUCUAGUAGUAGAACAUUUUAACAAAGCAUACUAAUAAUAUAUUUCUUUAUUUUUAAGUCUGUGCCUCUAGGUAAUCCUUGUUAUAUUUGUUAGUAUUAUAAACUAUUAAUUAUUGUUACCAAUUUACCUAGUUGUGUCAUAUUUUGUUUUUAGAAAUUAGUAUCUAUAGUAUAGUUUGUCUCUCUUUUAAAUAUUUCUUAGCCAUCUGCUCUCAUUUUAGUUAACAUAAUUAUUUUUAUGAUUAUGCAUCUUAAAUACAUAUGCAUACAUUAGGUCAUUUUAUAUAUGUACUACUGAAAUGUAUUACAUUUGAAAAUGUACCUGAUUUGCUACAGAAAUAUACUUUGCUAACUACAGAAGUGUAGCCAAGCUAAGUAAUUCAAUGUAGCUCUAAAUUUAUAGAAAAUGAACUGUACUUUAAACUAUUGUAGCGAGGUUGAGAUUUUGGACACCUAAUGAUUUAGAAAUAAUAUUUGCGAUAAACGAUUUGUUUAUAGAUAUAAGCUUAAACAAAUACCGGAUGGCGGGAAACAAAAAUCUACUUUUUUUGACGAUUUAUGGAAUAGAAGUUUGAGAGGGAGUAUGUUAAAUCCAUGGUACAGUCUAGGAGUUUAAAAAUGAUAUAUUCUUAUACACAAGAUUUCAUACAAAAUAUCAAGAGCAAAUCCGUGACUAAGGAAACCAUCAAAGACAGAGUAAAUAUCUCCGGUUUGUCUGUGCUACCAUAGAAAAGAAAACUUUUUAAUAAUCUAGCUUAAUUUUUUUAGUAUAGAGAUAGAGGCAACCAAUUUGAUUCUUGCAAAAUUAAUAACUGGGACUUAAAGGUUGAAAAUGAUACUAUGGUUUUAAUGUGUGCUGAGAUGUGUUUUGAAGUAAAGGUUUGGUAGAGAAGUUUAUUUCACAGUUAAAUUUUUUUAUGAAACUAAUAUUACUGUACCUAAAACUAAUAUGUAGGUAGUCAUUUUUACUAAUCAGUAUAACCCUUUUUACUAAUUAUCAAAGUUUUUAUGUCAAGGUUUCUUAAAGUGUUGAAAACUUAAGUAGAAAAUUUAAAACAAUUAAUUAAAGUGUGCCGUAUGGUAAAAAAUUUGGGUUUAAAACCUUAGCUUUAAUUAAUGAAAUCAUCAAUUUGUUACAUUAAUCAAGGAAUAAAUAAAUUUUGUUUCUGCAAAAUUACUGUCAGAUUUGUUAGGUAUUGUAGUCUUAUAUUUAAUAUAUAUCACAGCUGGUAUCAAUUUAUUUUAUUCUACCUUGUUUUUGUAAUAUGGUGCUUCAAUAAAUGUUAACAUCUCAGAUCAAACCUCCUCUGUGAUAAAGCUCAUUCAAGAGCUGUCAUGCCCGCCAAUGUAUAUUGUACUAUUUUUUUUUACACACUCGUUAUGUAAAUCCUAACAUAUAUUUGUAAUCUUUGUGUGAUAUGUAUUAAAUUUAUUUAUUUUAGACAUAACAAUUGUAACAUUUAUGAUUCACUGAUAAAGCCAAAUCCAAAGAAUAAAACUCAUGUUGUUGU